CAGACCUGCGCACGCUGCUGUCAAAAGCGGUUGUUGCGUAAAUAAUAAAAUAUUUCUCCUGGCGUGUGCCGACACAACAUAAAAUAAUGGCCAGUUUGGCGCGAUUACUGAGUCGUUUAUCUUUAACACCAUUAGCUCAAGAUGUGCGCCAUACGGCAGUGCGUCCAAUAUCGUUGGAAAGUUUGGAAAGGUUCCUGAACAAGCCGAAACCCGGUGGUGGAAAAUCGUACCGUCGGAUCGUGCACUACCCAGAGGAGUACACGAUUGAGCCGCUUCGUGUCACCAAUCUGGCCGGGCGGGAUCCCGAAACGGGACGGCUGAUCGCCAAAGGUAUUGGUGGCGGCAUCAAGCACAAGUAUCACUGGAUAAAGUGGGUUCGCGAUGGACCCGCGGAGGGACCGCCGCAAAUCGAAAAAGUGGUCGAUGUAAUCGACGACGGCUGCCGUACCGCAAAGGUGGCACUAGUCGCUGUGGGAAACGAAAUGAAAUACAUUCUGGCGACGGAGAACAUGAAGGCGGGUGAUUUAAUAAAAACAUCCCGUUUCAUCCCUCGGAUACCAGUUCGUGCCAAUGAAGGGGAUGCGUAUCCGUUAGGUGCACUCCAGGUGGGCACCCAAAUUCAUUGUCUUGAAAAGUACCCGGGACAGCCUUGCCAUCUGAUACAUGCCGCCGGUUCAUACGGAACCAUUUUACGCAAGUUCGGUGAACUGGUCGUUGUGCAGCUGCCAUCGAAGCAGGAAUUUGCAUUUCAACAAACGUGUAUGGCCACCGUAGGACGCGUUUCCAACAUUGCACACGCCAAAACACCGAUCGGCUCUGCCCAGAAGAAUCGAGAACUAGGCAAUCGUCCCCGUUCGGGUCUAUGGCAGCGCAAGGAUGGACAUCAUGGCCGAAAGGUGCGCCGGCUACCACCGAUGCGCGUGAUUCCACCGCCGUCUGAGAAGACCGCCCAGCCACUGAAACUGACUCUAAAGGUGUGAAAUUUACCUGCGCUUAUGCCGUGAUGGUAAAUAUAAAUGAUUGUCGUUCGAAAUAGAGUUAAUCGGCAAAUUCUGAUUCUUCACCAAUGAA